UCGGGCUCAGCUCCUCCUCGUCCCCUGAGCGAGAGCGCCCUUGGCUUUGCAGGAGUUGCGGGGGCCGCGGCAGCGCGGAGGGGAUGGGGAUGGGCCUCGUCCACGCUGUCCGCCCGCGAUCCCCGACCCCAGCUUCUCCCGGGCCCUUGCGGGAACCCGCCGGGAGAACGGCGGGGCGCGGCCUCCACCGACAGAAGCCUGGGCCCCGGGGGCCUGGCCCCGGCGACAGCCUGGGCGCUGGCGGGGUCCCCGCGCGGCCGGAGAAAGCGCGGGUGGGAUGGCGUAGGGACGGACAGCAUCCUGGCAGGGUUUCGCCGAAGUUUGCAAGGAGCGCCGAUGUCUAGUUGUGUGGGCUGUAGUUCUAGGCGGGGUGUUCCCCAGUUCUGUGGGACGUGACCCGGUUGCUUCACAGUUCCGCGGUUGCACAGACUUAUUAAAGGAAGUGACCAUUGUGACUUGGGCAUCACUUGACGGUAAUCAGUUGCAGAGGAGCGCACUGAUUGUAAGUCUGUUCACACAUGGUCUGUCUGACCAGGUCUUCUGUUACGAAAAGGAGGGAAAUCGUGCAUUGGCCUGUGACGGGUUGCUCUCUCUGGUGUGCGGAUCAACCAGUAGUGUAGACCGAGUACACAGUCUGCGUCAGUACUACUUUUACCCUUUUUACUUUGUACAAAAGGCCCCCAAAAGCCUGGGAAAUAAUUUGAGAUAGGAUCAUUAGAAAAACAGCCCAGGGUGGGGAGAGGAUGAGAGCGAGAAAAGUAAUAAUUUGGAAUCAGAAUACUUGAAAUACAGUGAUCUUCCCUUAUCUGAAAGACGACGUUCCAGAAGGCCCCAAGGAAGCCUGAAACCUCCGGUAGCACCCACACAUACUCUCUUACGAAUGAAGAUGUUUUUCCCUCUUUACAUGUCGUACGUCUAUGGUAAAGUUUAGAAAAUAGGCACAAUAAGAUGAAAAAUAAUAAUAGAGUAGAACCAGUGCAACAACGCUGUCACAAAAGUUCUGCGGACGUGAUUUGUGUCUCGGUGUGUCUCACUGUACUUUCACCCCGGUGAAAUGAAACAAGGGUCACCUGGGCCCCCGGGAAGCCCGAGAAGUAACCACUGGCAGACACUGUGGAGAGCACGAAUGUGUUGGGCCCGAGGGUGAAUCACAGCCUGGGAGCAGAACCAGGCGAUUUCAUCACCCUGCACGCCGUGGGCGGGUCAGUUAAAACCUACAAAGUAUCCUUCUGGAAAUUCUCAUUUACCGAUUUUGGAUGAAAGUUUACUACAGGUAGUUUACAGACUUAAACUAAUCUGUGGGCCAGGAGGAACUAAUGUUGUCUGUCCGAGACACGGCUGACUGAACAUUGGCACUGUGGAAAAACUGAGUUAGGAAGUGCCUCCAGGUGACUACGCUCUUACACCAGACAACACGAAAGUAAGAGCCGCCUGUACCUUAAAGGUUUAAUGUUCCGGGAGAGAAAUGUAAAUAUAACUUGACAAGUUGGCAAAAUAGUCUGUUUGGCUAUGUUGGCCAUCCAGUGUUUGCUUUCAGGGAAUGACUGAGUGAAUAAGACUCCUGUCUUUUGAGCCUGCCCUAGACUCCCAUGUUGUUAACUGAAUAGUGCCAAAGUGUUAGGUUAGCCUGCCUGAGAAACUUAGAUCUAUGAGAGAUGGCACAGGCUUGGUAUCGUGAAUGUGUGUGUGAGCCUUGACUGACAUUGGAAAUCUGUAAAGAGUGACAGUGGCUGGUUAUCCAAGAAAGUCCAUGUUUUUUUACAGUGGUCUUGAUUAGCUCCAAUGUGGCUGAGAGGGCUGGUAGAUGGCCAUGUCCACACCCCUUCCCCCCCAGAAGUGGGAGUCUUAUGAUUGUAUACUUCUGCAUCAAGCAGCAGUAGGCAAAUUAACUUCCUCAAAGCAGCCUGGGAAAUGGUAGCUGAUUUUUUUUUUUUGGGGGGGGGGGGCCUCACAGGUUUAAAGAGAAAAAAAAAAGGCUCAAAUGUGCCAGUCUGCUAGUAAUGUUAACAUGCUUAUUAAUGUGAAUACACUUUACUACUUUUGGAGGUAUUUGUUAAGCCCUCAUCAACCCUGAGCUUUGGAGAGUGGUGAGCCUCUCGAAAAAGACUCUGUGGCUUUAACCUUCUGGCAUAGCCAGAAAAUACAUAGAUUCAAGUGUGUGAGUUUAUCCAGGCUCAGUUUAUCCAUGCCUGUAAUCCCAUCACUCAGGGAGGCAGAUACAGGCAGAUCUCUAUGAGUUCAUGGCCAGCCUGGUCUGCAAAGUCAGUCCAGGACAACCAAGACUACACAUAGAAACCCUGUGGGGGAGGGGGAGUCUGUAUGUGGAUUUUCAUCAACUCUAACCUCAGAUGUUAGUAAAAUCACACAGCUUCCCUAAAUGUACUUCUCUAUACACUUUACUUUUUAGGUUAUAGUAAUUUCUCCUUUUCAUUACUUCAUUUGCUGUCAACUACAGUCCAGAAAUACUGUGUUCCUAAAAUAAGCAAUUUCUAAGUUUUAGGCUGCCGCUAUUCAGAGCAGCCUGAUGCUUUCUUGUGCCGUGUGCUCUGCCCUGCCCGGAGCGUGGCUGAUCCCUUUGUCCAGAAUAUCUGUCUGUGGUGUUCACGCUGGGUGUAGACAUCUGAGUCUUGAGGCCACUUGUAUUUAACCCUUAUUUUUCUUAAUAAUUCCCUCAUAGCAAGUGGAGAAUGAUGCUGAUGAUGUGGAUUUGCUUAGGAGAAGCCAUGGAGUACUUUUGUGUGAAAAGUACUCAGCAUAACUGGGGGAAACUAUGCUGCUAUUACUAAGGUCCAUGGGAAGACCAAAUCUUGUGUGAAAUUGUCAAGAAGGGAAAAAAGUUAUGCUGGCCUUGCUGUUGUGUUAAUUUUACAAAGCACUAAGCACAGUGCAUGAGAAAUAAUUCAUCUUUUAAAAAAAUGAAUUUGAGGGUGAACGACAUCAUCAGGAAACCAUGUUCUGAUCAGCUUUGCCAGCAUGUUGUACCUAAAGCCUUAGGCUUGUUCAUAGACUUCAGCCGAAGUUCUGAAGGGGCUGGAAAGGUAACUCAGUGGCUAAGAGUGCUUGCUCAUGCACAGGGCCCAGAUACUUCCGUAGGCACCAGGCAAGCAUGUGAUACACAGAGAUGCAUGUGGGAAAAACAUAAAAUUCAAUAUACAUAAUAAAUAAGAGUAGGUAUAUAUCAAUAACUAAAUACAUAAACACACAUAAAGAUAAAUACGUUGCAAAGUUCUUCGGGAGUGAGUGACCCAAAGCCACUCACAAGAUAGCUGCACUGGUGCAGGGUUACACAUGAACUAGAGAAACAUAGACCCUAACAGAGAAGUUGCAACCCAAGUUGCUGAAGACUUUGCUGGCAUGUUUGACAUACAAAAAUGCUGAAGGCCUCAGGAGGGUUUUCACAAAUGAGGAAUUUGAAUUUUUUCACUGAUCUCCAGAAAAAGAAGGAAGAAGAAACUGAAACAGCCUGCGGUAUGGGCAUGGAAGUGCAAUGCGAUGACAUUUAUGAAACUGCAAAGGCAGUCAAGGACAGAGCGAUGGAAUACAGACCUCAGAGGCAGCUCAGCCUGGAGUCCUCCAGAAGGUUCAAACUGCUGCAGCAAAGUGGAGGAGGUGAAAAGAGACUCCAACUUCUGAAUACCGUGCUUUUCCAAAAGAAUUGGGCAGAAAACCUUUCAGCAGUGGAGGCUGCUGAGCCAUUGCCUCCUCCUGCCAUCUAACCACCAGGGCUGUCCUCUGUGCCAGCUCAGUGGUCCAGGAUCAUCCAGACAGCAGGUCAUCCUGACACGUAGAAGGUCAGCAGUCAGCUAACGGCCUGUGCUGUUCACCUCCCUUCAUCACGUCACAGCUUACCGUGUAGUCUGUUAUCACAGGAAGAAGAGUGAAAUAUCCAGCAAGCUAUUGCAAGCGUCUGGAUGAUGUGAGAGCUGGGGUGCAGGGAUGUCGACUGUCUGCCCCCCACCAUCUCCUGCUGUUGCCAAGACAGAGAUUGCGUUGAGUGGGGAGUCACCGUUGUUGGCGGCCACCUUUGCUUACUGGGAUAAUAUUCUUGGUCCUAGAGUAAGGCACAUUUGGGCUCCAAAGACAGAGCAGGGACUUCUCAGUGAUGGAGAGAUAACUUUUCUUGCCAACCACACUCUAAAUGGAGAAAUUCUUCGAAAUGCUGAGAGUGGGGCUAUCGAUGUAAAGUUUUUUGUCUUAUCGGAAAAAGGAGUAAUUAUUGUUUCCUUAAUCUUCGACGGAAACUGGAACGGAGACCGGAGCACUUACGGACUGUCGAUCAUACUUCCGCAGACAGAACUUAGUUUCUACCUCCCGCUGCAUAGAGCGUGUGUUGACAGGUUGACACACAUUAUUCGGAAAGGAAGAAUAUGGAUGCAUAAGGAAAGGCAAGAAAAUGUCCAGAAAAUUGUCCUGGAAGGCACAGAGAGACUGGAAGAUCAGGGUCAGAGUAUCAUUCCCAUGCUUACCGGAGAGGUCAUUCCUGUCAUGGAGCUGCUCGCCUCGAUGAAGUCCCACAGCGUGCCUGAAGAGAUAGAUAUAGCUGAUACAGUGCUCAAUGACGAUGACAUCGGUGACAGCUGUCAUGAAGGCUUUCUUCUCAAUGCCAUCAGCUCCCAUCUGCAGACCUGUGGCUGUUCGGUCGUAGUAGGCAGCAGUGCAGAGAAAGUAAAUAAGAUAGUGAGAACACUAUGCCUUUUUCUGACUCCAGCAGAGAGGAAGUGCUCCAGACUGUGUGAAGCAGAGUCAUCCUUUAAGUACGAAUCGGGACUCUUUGUACAAGGCCUGCUAAAGGAUGCAACUGGAAGCUUUGUCCUCCCUUUCCGGCAAGUCAUGUAUGCCCCGUAUCCCACCACGCACAUUGACGUGGAUGUCAACACUGUCAAGCAGAUGCCACCGUGUCACGAGCACAUUUACAAUCAGCGCAGAUACAUGAGGUCAGAGCUGACAGCCUUCUGGAGGGCAACUUCUGAAGACGAUAUGGCUCAGGACACCAUCAUCUACACGGAUGAAAGCUUCACUCCCGAUCUGAAUAUUUUCCAAGAUGUCUUACACAGAGAUACUCUAGUGAAAGCCUUCCUGGAUCAGGUCUUCCAUCUGAAACCUGGCCUGUCUCUCAGGAGUACUUUCCUUGCACAGUUUCUUCUCGUUCUUCACAGAAAAGCCUUGACACUAAUCAAGUACAUAGAAGAUGAUACGCAAAAGGGGAAAAAGCCCUUCAAGUCUCUUCGGAACCUGAAGAUAGAUCUUGAUUUAACAGCAGAGGGCGAUCUUAACAUAAUAAUGGCUCUGGCUGAGAAAAUUAAGCCAGGCCUACACUCUUUCAUCUUUGGGAGACCUUUCUACACUAGUGUCCAGGAACGCGAUGUUCUAAUGACUUUUUAAGUGUGUGGUUUGCUGUGUGUCUCACGGCAUCAGGCGUACUGUUACAGUGGCACAGGGGAACACCCUCCCGGGCCUGCUUUGGGACUUAGUUACACUACACCUGUCACUGGUGGUGGGGACGUGGAGUCAGGUGCACGGCUGCAGUGAAUGUCUCUUUUCCUAGAGUAGAUGUAUUGUCCUAGGGAACUUACGUUUACAGUUAUCCUAAGCACUAUUGCUGUCUCUACAGACGGGAAUGCUGGGAUAUGGACUUGACCAUAACUGCUGGGGUUUUUGUUUUUCCUUUGAAACUUGGGAUUCAUGGUUUACAUGUACCACGGUGAAGCCCUAGUUAGCUCUUACAGAUUGAGUGUGAGCUGACUUUCUGCCCCUCGGUGGUCCGUGGUGUGUAGGGGCGCAUACUUCUACAACAGCUGGAAAUUGGAGCAUCUCAGGCUUUCAGUUCCACAGACAGGAACUUGCCUGGCCUCCAGGAUGAAGCAGAGUUUAGGUGGAGUUGGUGUUAGGUCUUCCUUUGUGGACUUAGUCCUUCUGACGCAGUCUGUAGAGAGAUGCUGAGCUGUGUGCUCACCGAAUUUUGUGAACUGUGCUGUGCUUUUUGUUGCUUUAUUGUAGUUCUGUCAAAGAAAGUGGCAUUUGUGUCUGUUAUUGUUGCCAGCUCUAAAGGUUAAUCUUCAUUAUUUUUGAGCCAAAUUAAAAUGUGCACCUCCUGUGCCUUUCCCAAUCUUGGAAAAUAUCAUUUCUUGGUGGAGGGUCAGAUUUCAGCACUCAGUCAUUGCCAUCUGACUUACGUUUUGGAGGUCCUUGUAAAAUAUGUCAGAGAGUACAUGUGCUGAUUAGAUCCUCUUUCAAGAUCAGGAAAGCAUCUUGCCUCUUUCUUUACUUUUCUGCCGGUAUUCUUUGGUGUUUUCCAUGCUGCCUGCAUCGCAAGAGCUGCAAGGAGAAGUCUGACCCCAGUGCUAUCUUUCUAGGUGCUAUUACAGCAAACUCAGUGCUUUGUUUUUGUUUCUGUAAUGUUUGACCGUCUUGCUGGCUGUGAGUACUGAUUAGCAGAGUUCUGUGCUUUAGCAAUGUUGAUGUAGGAGUAUACACAAACACAAAUAUGUGUUUUUAUUUAAAACUGUGGACUUAACGUAAAAGGGAGAAUAUAUAUUUAUUUUUUACAAAAGGGAUAAAAAUGGAGCCCUUUCCUCACCCACCAAAUUUAGCAAGAAAAAAACGUUCUAUUCUAAAAGGUUACAGUGGCUUUGACAUUACAAAUCAGAAAAGUGUUGACAUUUUAAAUACACACUGACCAGGAUGGCUUAUGAACUCCAAGUCACUCAGCUGUGGCAAAAUGUGUAGCUUCCACCUGUUAGUGCCCCACACUCAUUGCUGUACACAGUAGAGUCUUAUUUAAGUGCUAAUUGUUUUCUUUUGCUGGUUUACUGUGUUGUUGUAGAGAAUGUAAGUUGUACAGUGAAAUAAGUUAUUGAAGCAUGUGUAAACACUGUUACGUAUCUUUUCUCCUGGAUGGGGAAUUUUGAAUAAAAUAGCUUUGAAAUUC